GUUUAGCAAAGCAAAUUAGACUAGCAGCAAAAAGGAAGAGCGAGAGCUUACUGUCAUUCAUGGCAACCUCGACCAUGGCUUUUAUGCCUCUGAAACCAUCUCCAUCGACAUUUUCUGGGCAUUCGCAGCUCCAGCGCAUCCAGCCUUUCACACGAUCAUCAUCUUUCAGAGUAAUGUCCAAAAAGGCAAAGAAAGUUCAGACUUCUCAGCCUUUCGGGCCUGGGGGAGGAUUGGAAUUGAAAGAUGGCGUUGAUGCAUCUGGAAGGCCAGCCAAGGGGAAGGGCGUCUACCAGUUUGCCAGCAAGUACGGAGCAAAUGUUGAUGGGUACAGCCCGAUAUAUAACCCAGAAGAAUGGUCUCCAAGUGGUGAUUACUAUGCGGGAGGAAAGACAUGGUUGUUGCUCUGGGUGGCUACUCUUGCUGGAAUUCUGCUGGGUGGUGCUCUUCUUGUUUACAAUACUAGUGCUUUGGCUUCUUGAAGCCUGGUAUAGCAAGCCAAACUAUGUACUGUACCAUGCAAGGAUUUACAUCAUCUAGGGUAGAUAUUCGGGCACCUAUAUCCCUAGGCUUAAUUACCAAAAAUAAUGGUCUUAUAUGUUGUGCAACUGAUGUAAUCAAGGCUAAAUAAUCAGCAAAUUUCUAUGCCGUGGGCUAACAAGGCAGUGCAUA